AAGCUUAACUUGCGGAAGUGUACCAGCGGAAUGGAAAGUUUCUAAUAUAAUCCCCAUUUCUAAAGGUGGUCAAAAGAACGAAGUUUCAAAUUAUCGACCCAUAUCUUUACUUCCAAUUCUAUCAAAAGUGCUCGAGCGUUGCAUAUACGACCAAUUGAUCAACCAUGUCUCAAGUGAACUGCAUAAACUCCAAUAUGGAUUUUUCAGGGGGAAGUCUACAACAUCACAAUCACUAAAGGUUCUACACGAGUUGG